AUGUCUGAACCUGCUGCGACACCACCUCCGGAUACUCCUCUGCCUGCUUCCCCGUCUCCCCCACCGCUCGAUGAUGUCGUGGUGCCUAUACCGGGCACAUCUGCUCUGGCGGAUGUCAAUGCCACACCGGCCGCUGGCGACUCUGCCGGCGACGUUGAACGUCCUCAUACACCACCUGCCAAAAAUAAUGCUCCUGUACUAUUCAAUACUCCGGCAUCCCUCCCAUCCGAACGACCGCUGUCCUGUACGCGGAAAUUUCAGAGCCAGACUCUCCCCAUCAGCACGCUACGGACAGAAGCCGGAAGUGAGGCCUCAAGGCUACGGGUUGGACCUGUUUCCAUGACCGACUUCUUGCGCAUUACGUUUCAACGUCAAUUCGAGAAUGUGGUCGAGAAUGCCUCGCAGGCAAUAUCCCCGAACGCUCAGAUCGGUGUCUCAGCGAAGUUGCAGAGCGUGCCGACGGGGGACGGGGUCGAACUUGAGAUUCCCUCCGGCAGAAGGAAGCGCUGA